CUCGAAUACCGAUUUAUAACAAAUUGCAACGGCAACAUGUACUCCCUUUAAAACCGACCAGUUAGAAAGCUGCAUUCCGGUGAGACAGAUCCCACACCAAAAUCGUCCCCAACCCCCUCUCUCUUUCUCUCUCUAAAACUCUCUCUCUCUCUCUCUAAAUCUAUUAACUGACACACUCUUGUUUCGUCUACUCUAUUGCCCCCUAAAACCCUAAGAAAUCUAUCCUACCCAUAUCGCAGAUCGACGCAUCUUUUCUGAACUCUUCACUGCCCAAAAUAAAACCCUAGAACAGCAUCAAAGAUCCAGAGUUUCACCGUCAUUGGGUCAAAGUUUUCUCUAUGUGGAGAGGAGUUUUCAAGCUAGGGUUUUGAAACAGAGGAUGUUGAUGUUUGAGAAUAGAGAUGGAGGGAAGUAAAGUUGUGAAUGGUACAGAAAACGGGAGCUCCAGCAAUGGUCGGCCUCCGAACCCAAUUGCCGGAGCGUAUCGCCCGUCUUUCGGCACCGCUCGUGUCGUGGAGUCGCCGUGUAAGAAGACGCUAAUUCGACACCAAUCUCUGCAGGUAAAGACAAAGACACUGGAUAUUUCUAUUGAAACAGAACCACAAGUAGAAAAUUGUGAGACCGAGUUUAUUCCCAUUCUUCGCUCAGGAGCAUGGACAGACAUUGGGUUCCGCUCAACCAUGGAGGAUGUGUAUGUUUGCGCUGACAAUUUUAUGCAUGAUUAUGGGGUCAAGAAUUUCAAUGAAGGGCCCAGUGCAUUCUACGGGAUUUUUGAUGGUCAUGGGGGAAAGCAUGCGGCUGACUUUGCUUGCUACCAUUUGCCAAGGUUCGUUGUUGAGGAUGAAGACUUCCCAAAGGAGAUUGAGAGGGUUCUUGCUUCAGCAUUUCUGCAGACAGACACUGCUUUUGCAGAAGCUUGCUCACUGGAUGAUGCCCUUGCUUCUGGUACCACUGCAUUGGCAGCUCUCGUUGUUGGGAGAUCAUUGGUGGUGGCAAAUGCUGGUGAUUGCCGAGCAGUGCUCUGUCGCCGGGGUAAAGCAAUUGAAAUGUCAAGGGAUCAUAAACCAAUUUGCUCCAGAGAAAGGAUGCGCAUUGAAGCUUGCGGAGGAUACGUCUAUGAUGGUUACCUCAAUGGACAACUCAACGUUGCUCGUGCAUUAGGAGACUGGCACAUGGAAGGAUUGAAAGGUGGGGAUGGCGGCCCCCUGAGUGCAGAGCCUGAACUUAUGAGCACAAGACUAACAGGAGAGGAUGAAUUCCUCAUCAUAGGCUGUGACGGGAUAUGGGACGUUUUUAUGAGCCAAAAUGCUGUGGAUUUUGCUCGACGAAAGCUUCAGGAGCACAAUGACCCAGUCAUGUGUAGCAAGGAUCUGGUCGACGAGGCUUUGAAAAGAAAGAGCGGCGACAAUUUAGCCGCGGUUGUGGUGUGCUUCCAAUCCCAGCCUCCUCCGAACUUGGUUGUGCCCCGGUCAAGAGUGCAGAGGAGCAUUUCUGCAGAGGGUUUGAAAGAGUUGCAGACCUUCUUGGAUAGCCUGAACAAUUGAGAUGGUGAUGAAAGAUCUUUCUUUCUUUUUUUAAUUUUUAGAUUCCAUGUCGUACUUUAGAUGUUAGGAGAGAGAGUCUAUUGUCCAACUGUAACAUAUGCGGCAGUCACACAUUUCUCAUUUUCGGUUGAUUUUUUUUAUUUUUUUAUUUUACCUCAUUUUUGGGUUUUUCUUUAGGCUCUCUUGAUAUUUAUGAUUAUUGACACCAUUGCUCUGA